GGAUGAGACUCGGUGGCGCGAUGUUUCUGCUAUUUGAUUAUGUAGUUCCAUAGAGCAGAUAUUAACACGGUUCAUUUCCGCGUUCACCAGCUCCAAGAGGAGAGUUAUAUGUAACAUAGAGAGCGAAUUUUCAAACGCGGGAAAUAAUCACAUUUCUAGGAUAUUCCACAACUCAUCACAAAAUGUUGAAGGAAGCAGAAACUAUAAAUCAUCCCUAUUGGCCACGCAACCUGUCUAUUCCCAACUAUGUGGCUAAUGAUCGUUCAAUGUCAGAGAUUCUCAUAUUCCUGUUCUCUGUGUCUGGGAUACUGCUGCUUGCCACCUGGUCAUUGACUGGGCGUAAGGUGUCUGGGAGCAGGCUUAGCGGAGGGAGAAGGUUAGCUCUGUGCUGGUUCACUGUGUGCGGCUUCAUCCACGGGGUCAUCGAGGGAUGGUUCUCUUUAUACUACACUAUCAUUCCUGAAGACCAGAGUUUCCUUUCUCAACUGUGGAAAGAAUAUUCCAAAGGAGACAGCAGAUAUGCAAUAGCGGAUAAUUUCACAGUUAGUAUGGAGACAGUGACCGCGUGCCUGUGGGGUCCUUUCAGCAUAUGGAUUGUUCUGGCCUUCCUUUAUAACAGUUCUUAUAGAUUUGUCCUGCAGCUCAUCGUAUCUCUAGGUCAGCUGUAUGGUGCAGUCCUCUACUUCUUCACUGAACACAGAGAUGGAUAUAUUCACAGCGAAUAUGGUCACCCCAUCUAUUUCUGGUUCUACUUUGUGUUUAUGAAUAUUUUGUGGAUUGUCAUCCCUCUCAUUCUUAUAGCAGACUCGUGGUGUCAGCUAUCUACCUGUCAAUCCAUGUUUGAUAAAGCAGCACAAAAAGGGAAGUCUAAAAGAAGCUAGACCAGUAGAAAAUAGAAGGAAUAUGGAAAAGAAAAGAACUGAAAUUCUGUACAGUUCUUCAUAACAUAUACAAUAUGUUGAGAUAUAUUUUAAUAAUGUAAUUUUAUAAUAUUACAGCGAUUCGCUCAUAGAAGAAAAUUGAAAAAGCUUGAAGUGUAAUGUGUCAUAUUCAUUACAUUAAUGAAAAUAUGAUGUUGAUUAAAUGCUCAUAAUACCAACAGGAUUGUGUCAUAUUUAUCUCUGUUGCUCUAUAUCGAUUCUCUCUGCCCGGGUGACUUUAUGUUCUAAUAAGCUGAUCCAAUUCUGCUCA